AUGAAGUGCCCUGUAUGUGGAAGUGCUACAGAGGCCAGUCAGAAUUAUGGUGGUAAGAAUAGCUGUCCAUUACUUAUCGCAGCCUAUGUUCUUGCCGGUCUUGCUAUGAUGCUUAAUAUUAGGCUCUCAUAUAGUUCUGCUCCAUAUGCACUUAUUAGAUUCCAACUUCCUGAAAAUCUUUUUAGUGUAUUUGUAAGAAGAAUGGCAAGUUCACUGGAACUUUGGUGUCUGCCAAGUAUGCUACUCGGAAACAUUAUGGACCUAGGGGUUAAAGGAGGCAUCAAAUACAUAGCCAGAGGCGACACCGACAAAAAGUGGUGGAAAUUCGGUGGGAUCAUUAUUCCUUCAAUUUUAUGUCAAUGGUUAAACUUCUUUACGUAUGUACUAUUAUUGAUUGUAUAUGUUAUUGGUGGUGACCAGGGUCGUCUAACCAUGUUUUAUUGGGUGAUUGCAAUAUCUGGAGUUGUGUUUGGUAUUAACAUGACGUUGGUUUAUUCUGUUGACUUCUAUUAUAUACCCGUGUAUAUUGCUGGUGAAAAUUCAUUUCCAGCUCUAACCUCAUUCAUACACUAUCUGGCAACUCUCAUGUUUGGCAAUAGAAGGAAAUACAAUAGUGACUUCCUACUGGUAGAGAUUGACAUUUGGGUGGCAAUAGUAAUAUCCUUCGUGGCGGCUGUGGUAUGGACUUACGGAUACCUGUGUGAAGUUGGAGAAGGAGUAGGUCAGAUGAAACACAUUCAUCCAAAUGCAUUUGAUGGAAAGCCUUCUGAACAUCUGAUCUCACCUUUUCUAAUGGUAAUCGUCGGUAUGGGUCUUGUGUAUGCUAUAUAUCCUGGAAUAGCACCUGGUAUGAUUGUACCAUUCUAUCUAAUCGAUAAGAUUGAAAUGGUACUCCUCAUUGCUACAUUCUUUCCACCUGUGAUUGUAGCUAUCCUCAGAAAACACGCACCUGAGUAUUCACCUCAAACCGAAUACCCUUUCAAGAAAUGGUCACAAUACGGCGCUGGCUACUUCUAUCUUAGUCUUAAUAUCCUGAUCGUUACUAAGAUCACUUUAGCGGCUAUCUUUAUAUGUUCCCUUCAUUAUAGAGACUCCAACAUAUCUAGAUCUAUCGUUAAUCAACCUAAAAUGUCUACUGCACUUAGUAUUACAUUCUAUAUGUGUCAUGAGAUUCUUUUGGCUGUAGGGUUUUCAGGUGUAAUAGGCAAUGAUGGAGGUGACUUCAUAUUGAUUCCACAGUACAUAGGAGCGCUAUUUAUGAUAUUUUUGGCCUUUUAUUCAGAGGGAUACAUUAUAGAAUAUAAAAGUCAUGAUCCCCAACAUUGGCACAAGGAUGGAAUGUGGUAUUUAUAUGGAUACUACCAAUUGAACCCUGAUUUUUUACUAUGA